UUACACACGUGAAAAGUGGAGGAAGCAAGCAGACUGUGAGCAGACAACAGGCGGUUUACUUGCAGUGGACAGGAUGGACGGGAAGGUUAAGGAACAGAAGCGACAUCAGCAAAAGCACAGCGGACCAAAGGCAGAGAGGAAGAAGCUCAGGAAACAGGGAGGCUCAACAGAGGAGGAUGAACGGAGACGCAACCCCAAAGCAUUUGCAGUUCAGUCUGCUGUCCGCAUGGCCAAAACGUUUCACAGGGCCCAGGACAUAAAGGCCAAAAAACAUCACAUCCCUCUUGUGGACCGGACUCCCCUGGAACCCCCUCCAGUUGUGAUUGUAGUUGUUGGGCCCCCCAAGGUGGGAAAAAGCACCCUUAUCCGCUGCCUGAUCAAAAACUUCACCCGGCAGAAGCUGGGGGACAUAUGUGGACCUAUUACCAUCGUCUCUGGGAAGAAGCGUCGCCUCACUUUCAUGGAGUGUAACAAUGACAUAAACACUAUGAUUGACCUCGCAAAAGUAGCUGACCUGGUCUUGAUGUUGAUUGAUGCCAGCUUUGGCUUUGAGAUGGAGACGUUUGAGUUUCUCAACAUCUGUCAGGUGCACGGCUUUCCUCGUAUCAUGGGUGUGCUGACUCAUCUGGAUUCAUUCAAGAACAACAAGACACUGAGGAAGACAAAGAAAAACCUCAAACAUCGCUUCUGGACAGAGGUCUACCAGGGAGCCAAGCUGUUCUAUCUGUCUGGUAUGGUGUAUGGUGAGUACCAGACUCAGGAAGUGAAGAACCUGGGCCGCUUCAUCUCUGUCAUGAAGUUUCGUCCUCUGGUGUGGCAGACCUCCCAUCCUUAUGUUUUGGUCGACCGUAUGGAGGACUUGACUGACCCAGAGAGGGUGAGAACAGACCCCAAAUGUGAUCGGACUGUGUCACUCUAUGGCUACCUCAGAGGGACAUAUUUGAAAAACAAAGGCCAGGUCCAUGUCCCAGGUGUAGGAGACUUUCAGGUGGCAGACGUAAACUUCCUGCCUGACCCAUGUCCUCUGCCAGAUGCUCAGAAGAAGAGAGCGCUGAACGAGAAGGAGCGUCUGCUCUAUGCACCUAUGGCCGGCGUCGGUGGGGUUGUGUACGACAAAGAUGCUGUAUACAUCGACCUUCCUGCCAACCACGUCAAUCAGCAGCAGGAGGAGGUACGGCCCACCACAGAACUGGUCCAGUCUCUCAUCGACACACAUGCCACCCUGGAUGCAAAGAUGGCUGCCAGUAAAGUGUCUCUGUUCAGUGGCUCAGCCACCCUGGAGCCCACAGACAUCGAUGAGCAGAGCAGAGAGAAGGAGGGUCCUCACCAGAAGCGGGUCUGGGAUCCCACCACGCAGAGAGAGAGAAGGGCGGUGGUCUUCACAGAGGAAGAGGAGGAGGACAGGGAAGAUGAUGACAGUGGUUCCACUGAUGAUGAGGAUGGCGGUAGUGACAACAGUGACCAGGAGGAGCAGCAGGAGGAGGAGGACGAGGAUGAGGAUAACCUUUCCACAUUUCUCAAAGAGGCAAGAGCCAAAUGUGAAGGGACAGAUAAGAACAUACCAGGCAGCACCCCCCCAGCAAAGAAACAGAAACUAGAGGAAAAGAAAGAAGAGCAGCAAAUGACCGCUGAGGUGCCAGCGUUUGCUGACAGUGAAGAUGACCUGGAGAUCAGUGAGGAGGAGGGAGAAGAAAAGGGGGAGGGCGGAAGAGCAGGAGACUCUGGACACUGUUCUGAGGAAGAUGAGGAAGAUGAUGAUGAUGAUGAUGAUGAUGAUGAUGAUGAUGAUGAUGAAGAUGAAGAAGAGUCUGAUGAUGAAUCCAUGGAAGAGGAGGAUGGUGCAGCUGAAGCUGCAAUGAAGGAACAAAGAGAGAGUGAGGGGGAGGAAGAGCAGGGCACUCUUAGGUGGAAGGAGGGUCUGCAAAAGAAAGCAUCAGAGGCAUUUCUACGGCAACAAGAAGCUACACCCAAUCUGAGAAAACUGGUUUAUGGUUCAGUUGUAGAGGCGGAUGAUUCUGAGGAUGAGGAGGAGGAGCUGGGGGGGCUGUUUCGAGUGAGUCGCCCUCAGACAAGCAAAAGGUUCAAGGCAAAUGCUGUCGACUGCUCCCGCUUCAACCCCGACACCUCCCACAACUGGGACCUGGAGGAGAUGUUAAAUUCCAUCAGAGACUGCUUUGUGACAGGGAAGUGGGAGGAAGACCAAGAUGCAGCCACACUACUGAAGGAGGAUGAGGAGCUGUAUGGUGACUUUGAGGAUUUGGAAACGGGAGAAGUUCACAAGGGCCAGAGUGGGCAGCAGGAGCAGGCUGAGAAUAGUGAGGAGGAGGAUGAUGAAGCUGAGGAGAGUCUGGUGAAGGUGGAUGAUGACGAGGUGCAGAAGAACAAGCGCCUGGAGAAGAAGCGCAGACUGAAGGAGCGAUUUGAUUCAGAAUAUGACAAUGGAGACGCAACUUACUUUGAUGACCUGAAGGAGGAAAUGCAGAAGCAGGCUGAGCUGAACAGGGCAGAGUUUGAGGAUGUGGAUAAUGAGACCAGAGUGCAGUAUGAAGGCUUCCGGCCAGGAAUGUAUGUCAGAUUAGAAAUCUCCGCUGUCCCCUGUGAAUUUGUCACCAGCUUUGAUCCUCAUUAUCCCAUCAUCCUCGGAGGUCUUGGCUCCAGUGAAGGCAACAUAGGAUACCUGCAGAUGCGACUAAAGAAACACCGCUGGUAUGAGCGCAUCCUGAAAACACGGGACCCCCUCAUCCUGUCCUUAGGCUGGAGGCGCUUUCAGACCAUCCCCCUCUACCACAUCGAGGAUCACAAUGGACGCCACCGCCUGCUCAAAUACACACCAGAGCACAUGCAUUGUGGAGCCUCCAUCUGGGGUCCCAUCACUCCACAGGGCACUGGGUUCCUGGCUGUACAGUCAGUAGCAGGAACUAAAGCUAAUUUCCGUAUUGCAGCCACAGGCGUGAUCCUGGAUCUGGAUAAAUCAGUGACCAUAGUGAAGAAGCUCAAACUCAUUGGUUACCCCUACAAGAUCUUCAAGAACACAUGCUUCGUUAAGGGCAUGUUCAACACAGUGCUGGAGGUGGCUAAAUUUGAAGGUGCCUCUGUGCGAACAGUUUCAGGGGUCAGAGGUCAGAUCAAAAAGGUCUUGUCUACACCACCAGGAGCUUACAGAGCCACAUUUGAGGACCGCCUGCUCAUGAGUGACAUUGUGUUCCUGCGCUCCUGGUAUCCAGUGUCUGUUCCUCAGCUCUACAACCCUGUCACCUCUUUGCUGCUGCCUGUUGGUCAGAAGGACAGCUGGGCAGGCAUGAGGACCCUGGGUCAGCUCAAACAUGACCUGGGCAUCCGCAACAAGCCCAACACUGACUCUCUGUACAAGCCGGUAGCUCGAGCCCAAAGGCACUUCAACCCGCUCCACAUCCCCAAGGAGCUGCAGAAGGCCCUGCCCUUCAAGAGCAAACCCAAACAGCAGCAACCCAAAGGAAAGACGCCCAGAGACCUGCAGCGUCCCAGUGUGAUCAGAGAACCCCAUGAGAGAAAGGUGGCGGCCCUGCUCCACGCUCUGAGCACAGUUCACAACCACAAGAGGAAGAAAUCCCACAUGGUGCAGCACGCCAAACACAAGGAGUUCCUUCAGCAGAAGGAGAAACAGGAGGAGGCCAAGCUGAGGAGACAGAAGGAGGCACGUAAAAAACUGUACCGUGUCAUGGGCCAGAUGGACCAGAAGAAACAAAGGUCCAGUCUAAAGGGGGCGCCACAGGACAAUUGACUUUCUGGACUAAUGAGGCAAACCUCUGUCACUGUCUCUUUGGAGUUUUAGCGUGUUUUCAUUUUAGCAGGUUCAUUUUUAUUGU